AUGGAUCUUUUACUUUUGGAAUCAGUGAGGCGUCUGGUUGCCUGUGUCUUGUUCCUUCUUCUGCAGUGUACAGAAAGUUUAACAACUUUCCAAACCUCAGCCCUCUGCCUGGACAAUCCUUGCCAAAACAGGGCAGAGUGCAGGGAAGGCCCAUCUGACUUCCUGUGCCAUUGUCAGUCUUCCCUGCCAGCCCUGCCCAGCACACAAUGCCAUUCUUCUAGUGCGCUUUGCCAACCACCCAUCUGCCAGGGCAAUGCGACAUGUCAAUCCACCAGUGCCCACCCUGGGGAACUAGUGUGCCAUUGUGAGCCAGACUUGUUGGGGAAGGACUGUCACUCUAGUGCCCAGCUCUGCGCUCAGGAGCUGUGUGGGGACAGUGCCCGCUGCCUGGCAGUGCAAGACAGGAGCCCAGGGUACGCUUGCAUCUGUCAAGAGGGCUUCACCGGGACUUUCUGUGAGAAAAAGGUGGAUUAUUGCUCCCCCAACCCCUGCAGGAACCGAGCCAUCUGUCGGAGCAGAGGGGGCGUUCCCACCUGCUUCUGUGUACCGGGAUUCCAGGGCGAGCACUGCGAGAUUGAGGUGAAUGAAUGCGUGUCGAAGCCCUGCAGGAACGGAGCCACCUGUGUGGACAAGAUCGGUCACUACAUCUGCCUCUGCAGGCCUGGAUACACGGGUAGCAGCUGUGAGGUUCAGAUUGACGAGUGUCAAUCACAACCCUGUCUCCACGGCGGCAGUUGCCAUGACCACAUCAAUGGCUUCUUGUGUACCUGCCUGGCGGGCUUUCAGGGGGAGCGCUGUGAAAUCAACAUUGAUGAAUGUAGUGAGCAGCCAUGCCAAAAUGGGGCGUUGUGUGUGGAUGAAAUAAAUAGGUACCGCUGUGAUUGCUCGCAAACUGGCUUUAUUGGUGUUCACUGUGAAAUCCCACUUCCGCCCUGUUGGUCUCAACCUUGCCUCAAUGGCGCCCUCUGUGAGGAUGAAAACGGGAACUACACUUGCAAUUGCUGGCCUGGGUUCGAGGGUCGCAACUGUGAGACAGACUUCAGUGAGUGUGAAAGCAGUCCCUGUGUAAAUAAAGGGAUUUGCGUUGAGCUCUCUUGGAAGACCCUUUAUGGCACUGAGUUUCUGCUGCCUACUCGAUAUGACCCCAGGCAUGCUGCUGGCUUCAUCUGCAAGUGUCCACCAGGAUUCUCAGGUGCCUUGUGUGAACAGAACAUUACUUCGUGUACCGCCAACCCGUGUCAUAAUGGAGCCACAUGUGAGGACUUCCUGGGCAGCUACAAGUGCAUCUGCCUGUCCAAGAGCCAAGACGGUGUCCUGUACGGGGGCCACAACUGUAGUGAGCCCCUGGUGGGUUGUGGGGGCCAUGAGUGCCAGAACGAAGCUGCCUGUGUGCCCUUCCUGAGCGAGGGAGUACAUGGCUACAGUUGCACUUGCCAGGCAGGUUACACCGGCUCUUACUGCCAGACACCCACCACAUUCUCCUUCAAUGCAACCGGAGGCUACUUGCACUUGCGGACACCGCUUCUGGGUGCAGAAGCAUAUUUUAAUAUCACGCUAGGCUUUCGAACAGUUCUGGAGAAUACAGUGCUGUUCCAGAGAGGCAGCGGAGGGGCUACUGUCAGCCUGGAGCUGCAAGGGGGCCGCCUGGCUCUCAAGCUUAAGAGUGACCCUCAUCCAGACACCACCAGCUGGACAUUGACACUGCCUCAGGAUGUAUCUGAUGGUGAGUGGCACACGGUAGAGUCCGUACUUGGGGAAGGUUCCCUGCUGCUGCAACUUCUGGACCCCUGCCAGGAAGGAGAUAACUGUGGUAGAGUUGCCAAAGUGGAGACAGGCCCUCUUGAGCUGGAGUCAGCUCUACAAAGCACCUUUAUUGGAGGAUUGGAUGAGGGAGAGGGAUCUGGAUCAUUCAUUGGCUGUAUGAGGGACUUGUUGGUGGACUCACAGUUGAUGGUGCCGGAGGACUGGUUGAGCAGCUCAACGGUAAAUGUCACGCAAGGCUGCAACCAUCACGACCGAUGCCUCUCUAGACCUUGUGAGAACCAUGGAGAGUGUGUUAACCUGUGGCAAGGUUACCGGUGCAAGUGUCCGCGACCUUAUGAGGGGCACAACUGUGAUGAGGAGUAUGUUACAGCCAGAUUUGGGCAGGACGACUCCACAAGCUACGCUGUUUUCACCAUCAACGACACAUUAGAAUCAGAUUCACUCUCUCUGUCCAUGUUCUUGCGCACACGGAAGGGUUCCGGUCUGUUGGUGCUGCUUUCCAACAGCACGUGCGAAUUCCUGCGACUGUGGAUUGAUAAGGGAAAACUAAAAGUGCAAGUCAAUGACUUGAAUAUCAUUACAGGUGAAAGUUUGGUUAACAAUGGUGAGAUCCAUUUUGUCAGAAUUACCAUCAAGGAAGGUCUAAUGAUUCUACAGGAGUCAGAUCGGGAAUUUAUAUCAACGAAUGUUCAACCUGUUUCCACUCAGCUUGGGGUUAAGGUCUAUGUUGGAGGGCUGGUUGAUGGACAAAAUUCAUCUUCCUUUGGUGGUUAUUUUAAAGGGUGCUUGCAGGAUGUGCAGCUCAAUGAAAGGAAGCUCCAGUUUUUCUCGUUUGGCACCUCUGCAAUGUCAUACAACCCAGACAGCAUGGUUGAUGUUACCGCAGGAUGCACCUCUGAUGACUACUGCUCUAAAAACCCUUGUCAAAAUGGAGGCAUGUGUUUCUCUUUAUGGGAUGACUUUACAUGCAACUGCCCUCCUAACACAGCAGGGCGGCGCUGUGAGGAGGUGAAGUGGUGCGAACUUUCCCCUUGCCCACCACAAGCAGCAUGCAGGACCCUUGAUCAGGGCUAUGAAUGUAUUACAAAUGUGACUUUUCAGGAUAACACCACUCUUGUAUACCGUGGGAAUGGGAUGAUAUCACGCCACCUCACCAGCAUUGUUUUCAACAUCCGUACACAUAAAAGAAAUGCAGCGGUGUUACAUGCAGAAAGUGGUCCAAACUUCAUCACAGUGUCCAUUCAGGAUGGCUAUCUGGUCCUAGAGCUUCUCAGUGGAUCUUCCUUCUCCUCAUCAUCACCUCUCUCACCCCUGACCCUAUACAGUCCAAGGCCAGUGGCUGAUGGAGAGUGGCAUGUUGUGGAGCUUCUAAUGGCCAAUCCUUGGGCUAACAGCUCACAGUGGACCCUCGUUCCCCUAAAUGAAAAGGAUGAGCCAACAUUGUCCGACUCCAUGGCUGGAAACUUGGACUUCCUCCGAGAAAACGUAGAUAUUCUCCUGGGAGGAUUGGGCCCCGAGUCUAGCUGGAAUCUGAUUGGUUGUUUGAGUAAUGUUGAAAUUGGUGGAAUUGUGCUUCCAUAUUAUGGACCCGCAGAAGUAAGGUUUCCACGCAAACAGAAAGAGAAGUUCCAAAAGAUAUCUGAGGUACCUGUCCAGACCGGAUGUGUUGGUGAGGUAGUGUGUGAACCUAACCCUUGCCUACAUGGGGGCAUCUGUGAGGAUCUCUUCAACAUCUUCAACUGCUUCUGUCUGCCAGGCUGGGUCGGCAAUCACUGUGAGCUGAACACAGACACCUGCGCUUCCAACCCCUGCCACCAUGGCUACUGCAGUGUGCAUGGUCUUACGUACAACUGCACAUGUGAGAGUGGCUACACCGGCACUAAUUGCGAGGAGAAAAAGGAUGUCUGUUCAGGGCAAAAGUGUGCUAAUGGAGGAACCUGCUUGCAUGGCAUAAACAGCUAUUCCUGCCUCUGCCCCGAGAGUUUUACCGGGCCACGUUGCACCAUUCAGAUUCAAGAGGCUCCAUGGUACGUGGUUGUCAGGAGCAUAGCCCCCAAGCUCCCAGUGUCCAUCUGUGGUGAUGAACAGAGGAACUACACAUGUUUCAAUGGGGGGAACUGUUCUGAGACCUACAUGAUGUGUGACUGCCUUCCUGGGUUUUCGGGUCACUGGUGUGAGCUUGAACUUGACGAAUGUAAAUCCAACCCUUGCUUGAAUGGUGGCUACUGCCAGAAUAUGGUCAACAAGUUCCAAUGUGUCUGUGAAAUGACCUUCGCCGGAGAGACCUGUGAAGUCGACCUGAACACAGCGAGUGUGACCUCUGACCUGUUGCUGUCCAUCAGUUUGGUGUCUGUGGUUCUGUUGUUGGUUCUUUUCGGUGUGGCCACGGCUUUGGUGAUGGCGCUCAACCGACGUGCCACACGUGGAACCUACAGCCCGAGCCGGCAAGAGAAAGAAGGCUCACGGGUGGAGAUGUGGAACAUUGUGCAGCCUCCGCCCAUGGAGAGACUCAUCUGAGCUGUUAACCUUUUUGUUUUUCUUCUGAACAACAUGAGCCAGUCAUGUAGUUAUAUUAUGAUUGUGGCUAGAUCACCAACAGAUUCAUGAGACUAUAAAGCCUUAAAGACAAAGAGCUUGAAGGCCUUCUUUAUUCAUUGAUGAUUUGGCAGCUAUCAAACUCAAAGUCUUACAGAUCAUCAUCACUUUUGAUUGGACAAU